AAGGUCGCGGUUUCCGGCUUCCCAGGAACUCUUUACUCUCUCCGCCCCGCCCCCUCCCCUUUCCUGUGGCCUCCCCCUUCCGGCCCCCCGGCAACCCUGGCAACUGUGGUGGCGGCUGCCCAGCUUCUCCUGGGUAGUGCCGAGCGCGGAGCCCGGGGGAUCCCAUGAGUUCGAAUUCUUGGGAUCUCCUUAGCUGACUGAGAGCACAUCUCCUAUUGCUGACAGACGUGAUGUUUUACCGGUUGCUGUCAGUGGUCCAAAGACAAAGAACCAGCCGAGGAUGGCAGAAGUGGUACCCAGCCAGAAGCGGUGCGUCAGCUGCCGAGGCGCAUUCUGUCGCCCUUCCUGCCCAGGCCCAGGUGGUCAUCUGUGGUGGGGGAAUCAUGGGCACAUCCGUGGCCUAUCACCUCUCCAAGAUGGGCUGGAAGGAUAUUGUCGUUUUGGAGCAGGGCAGGCUGGCAGCUGGCUCUACGAGGUUCUGUGCUGGCAUCCUGAGCACUGCCAGGCACUUGAGCAUCGAACAGAAGAUGGCAGACUAUUCAAACAAGCUCUACCAUCAGUUAGAGCAGGAAACAGGGAUCCAAACAGGUUACAUAAGGACGGGCUCAAUCUUUCUGGCCCAGACUCAGGACCGGCUGAUCUCCCUGAAGCGCAUCAACUCAAGGCUGAAUGUUAUAGGCAUCCCUUCUGAGAUCAUCUCCCUCAAGAGAGUGGCCGAACUUCACCCUCUCCUCAAUGUACACGACCUGGUGGGGGCCAUGCACGUCCCUGAGGAUGCGGUAGUGUCCUCCGCCGAUGUGUCUCUUGCCCUGGCAAGUGCUGCCUCCCAAAAUGGUGUUCAGAUCUAUGACCGGACAAGUGUUCUUCAUGUGAUGGUCAAAAAAGGGCAAGUUACUGGUGUGGAGACAGAUAAAGGACAGAUCGAAUGCCAGUAUUUUGUCAACUGUGCUGGUCAGUGGGCAUACGAGCUGGGUCUGUCCAACGAGGAGCCGAUUAGUAUCCCGUUACAUGCCUGCGAACACUUCUACCUUCUGACUCGCCCCUUGGAGACCCCUCUGCAGAGCAACAUGCCAACUAUUGUGGAUGCUGAUGGAAGAAUUUAUAUUCGGAACUGGCAGGGUGGCAUCUUGUCUGGGGGCUUUGAGAAGACCCCGAAACCAAUUUUCACUGAGGGCAAGAACCAGCUGGAGAUUCAGAAUCUACAGGAAGACUGGGAUCACUUUGAGCCCCUGUUGAGUUCCCUCCUGCGCAGGAUGCCAGAAUUGGAGACUCUGGAGAUCAUGAAGUUGGUGAAUUGCCCUGAGACCUUCACACCAGACAUGAGGUGCACCAUGGGCGGGUCUCCUCUGGUACGGGGCUACUUUGUCCUGGCAGGAAUGAACUCUGCUGGCCUUUCGUUUGGUGGAGGAGCUGGAAAGUACCUCGCUGAAUGGAUGGUGCAUGGUUAUCCCUCAGAAAAUGUCUGGGAAUUGGAUUUGAAACGUUUCGGAGCCCUCCAGAGCAGCCGCACCUUUCUGCGCCACCGGGUCAUGGAAGUCAUGCCUCUGCUGUAUGAUCUGAAGGUUCCCCGGUGGGACUUCCAGACAGGGAGGCAGUUACGCACUUCUCCUCUCUAUGACCGGCUGGAUGCACAAGGAGCCAGGUGGAUGGAGAAACAUGGAUUCGAGAGGCCAAAGUAUUUUGUGCCACCAGACAAGGACCUCCUGGCAUUGGAGCAGAGCAAGACUUUCUAUAAGCCAGACUGGUUUGACAUUGUGGAGUCUGAAGUCAAGUGCUGUAAGGAAGCUGUGUGUGUCAUUGACAUGUCUUCUUUCACAAAGUUUGAAAUAACAUCCACCGGAGAUCAGGCAUUGGAAAUUCUACAGUACCUCUUCUCCAAUGACCUGGACGUGCCCGUGGGCCACAUCGUGCAUACCGGCAUGCUCAACGAGGGUGGAGGGUAUGAAAAUGACUGCAGCAUAGCACGCCUGAACAAGCGCAGUUUCUUCAUGAUUUCUCCGACCGACCAGCAGAUCCACUGUUGGGCCUGGCUUAAGAAACACAUGCCGAAAGACAGCAACCUGCUCCUGGAGGAUGUCACCUGGAAAUACACUGCCCUCAAUCUGAUUGGUCCUCGAGCGGUGGAUGUGCUGUCCGAGUUGUCCUAUGCCCCUAUGACUUCAGAACACUUCCCAAGUCUGUUUUGCAAGGAGAUGAGCGUGGGCUAUGCCAACGGGAUCCGGGUGAUGAGCAUGACUCACACAGGAGAGCCGGGCUUCAUGCUGUAUAUCCCCAUAGAGUAUGCCCUGCAUGUGUACAAUGAAGUGAUGAGUGUUGGGCAGAAGUACGGAAUCCGGAACGCUGGCUAUUACGCUCUCCGUAGUCUCCGAAUUGAGAAGUUUUUUGCCUUCUGGGGUCAGGAUUUAAAUACCCUCACCAGCCCCCUGGAAUGUGGACGAGAGUCUCGGGUGAAAUUAGAGAAGGGGAUGGAUUUCAUUGGUCGAGAUGCCCUGCUGCAGCAGAAGCAGAACGGGGUGUAUAAACGCCUCACUAUGUUCAUCCUGGAUGACCAUGACACAGACCUGGACCUCUGGCCUUGGUGGGGAGAGCCCAUUUACCGAAACGGGCAGUACGUUGGCAAGACCACCAGCAGUGCCUAUAGCUACACCAUGGAACGCCACGUUUGCCUGGGCUUCGUACACAAUUUCUCUGAGGACACUGGAGAAGAGCAGGUGGUUACCCCAGAUUACAUCAACCGGGGAGAGUAUGAGAUUGACAUCGCCGGACACCGGUUCCAGGCCAAGGCCAAGCUCUACCCGGUCACCUCUCUCUACACCCAUAAGCGCCGAAAGGAAGAUGUAGAGCUAAGUGACUUGCAUGGGAAGUAAUACCAGGCAUCUUAUCAUCCCCAUCUUAUCUUAAGAGCUUCUCUCCUGCUGAUCCUGUCCCUCCUGACUUAUCUCCUGGAUGUAAUUUUAAACUUUGCCUUCUUUUAAACCUUUUGCUUUGCAACCUCUCUUGUCCUUCCAUCUUCUCCUCCUCCCUUUUGCACUUCCCCUUCUGCUAAUACUUACUCUGGGCUGUUCAUCUUGUCCUGCCACCCCUCUCAGAUUCCCAUGGUGACAGGAACAUGCUCCUCUUGUGGAAGUGGGUUAUGGUGACAGUCUGAUUUCAAAUGCUGGGUCUUGAAGUAAGGGAAGCUGGUGGUGUGCAGGCCUUAGGGCAGGAGUCGGUCUCUGUGGGGCUGUCUUCUCGGAGAAACCUGUUCAUUUCGGUGGGUUGCUGUAUGUCUGAUGCAGAGCAGCGGGACAGUUUGUGCCUUUCAGCCAGGCAGCCCCUUCUCCUGUCUCACUGCGCUGCGGUUGGCACCCUGUUACCUCUAGCAAAACGAUGACCAUCUACCUCACUGAUGGGAGGCAUUAUGCGGACGUUGUCUGGAGCAGAGAUAAAUCGUUAACCUGGACCACCCCCAGCCUUCCUGCCAAGCCAGUUAUCAGACCAUAGGGCCAGGGCUACCUGCCUCUAUUUUUUCUUCAUCUCUUUUUAAUCUCGAUAAUGAGGGGUUUUGUUUAGCAGAGUAAAUAAGUAGGCCACAGUAUUUGAAAGGGAAAAACCAUGUUGCCUUUUGCGUUGCUUUUCCCAACUGAAAGGGUCUGACCUCAGAAAGUACCAACACCAAACAAUGCGGGGUUUUGUAUUAAAACAGUGCUGCUUUUCUUCUAUCAAGUCAGAGUUCAAUCAUCCCAUCUUGAUUGUCCUCAUCAGUUCAGCCUCACCUGUCCCUUCAGCAGGAGGCCCACUAGCUCAGCAAACGUUUCUCCUGCUUUAGAAAAGGGAGCGAGUGAACUGUGCUGGCCAUGAGUUCAAGAGACCUACUGGAAUCCCAUGCUGCCGCCUCUGGCACAGGACAGACACAGAGAAUUCAGUGUGGAGGGUGCAUGUGACAUGAGCCUAGCAGACUGCUUUCCAUCCUUUCUUUCCCCAUUGAGCUCUCUCUCCAUAGUAUCCUCUGGAGUAGAAAACUUGGCGUGCCCCACGAGGGCUCUGCACAAUUAAGUAGUGUUUCUAUUUUCUAAGGGUGAAACUCAGAUAUCCCAGACUGUGCCAUCUUAACGUUUAAUUUUCCCUUGACAUAAGCUGCCCUAACCUGUUGUUAGAGAUUUUAACUUGGUAUCUCAGAAGCAUUAGCUCUGAUAGGUCUAUAAAUCUCACUUUAUUAGAGCAGCUUAAAAUUCUCAGGUGUCUGCCUGCUGUGGCAUUUCCGUUUACCCACUGAUCUGACUGGCUUGUUUUGUUCCAGAUAUUUCUUGCCAUUUAUCCAGCCAGACCACACCUACUUGAUUGUUGACUUCAGUGUCUACCUUUUUAGGAGGUCUUAAUUUAUUAAGGGAUCAUGUGAUUAGAACUGCUUGGGGGCUCUGCUAUUUUGGUGCAGAUGUGUACUUAUUAUAACUAGCUGACAGAACUUGCUCUUGGGCACAGAGGAGGGAGGUGACGUGCUGUGCCCAGCACUGUGAAGGACUCAGGCGAGCAGAGAGCAGGCACUUGGCCAAUGCAGAUAUUACCAGCAGACAGCUGACUGACCCAAGAUGGAAACAGAUGAUUUAGAGAUAAGGGUAUCCGUGCGCUGCACCAUUCCAAAGUCAUCUGUGUACAUGAAAUCUAGUUGGGAUCGAAUCCAAAAGAAAUUGUAGAGUUAUAAUGUCAUCUUGUCCACAGGUAGGGGUCAUACUCCUGACUGUGGCAAGAUGGUACUCUUCUGGAGCUUCACUUGUUUACUGGGUGUCCUGAAGCACGUAUACUUACCUUUUGACAUUUUAAAGUCCAUCCCUGAAGUCUGGGCUCUGACAACCCCACAGUUUUGUUUGGUCGUAAAUCUGAAGGGGGUGACUCCACCUCUAGCAAAAUUGACAAUCAAAACAUCUCAUCUUUGUGUCAUUUCCGUCCCGUGGGCAGUGGGGCCACAUAUUUGCCUUGUGUGACACUUCACCUCUCGCUAGAGAUUCGUGAGGUUCUGGGCUCUUCUUGUAAUUGGGUGGCUAGACUUUAGUUUUAUUUAGGUGGUUGGUCCCUUUCUCUCUGAUAUGAUCUGUCACCACCUUUGUGUUCUCUUGGGAGAGGGGCUCUGUACACUUCUAGCGUGUCAGCACAUUCAAUUGAAGAACCUUGAACCUAGAAGCAUAAAGUACAAGUACGUUAGCCUCAAAGAGAUGAAGGCCAGGGCUGCAAGCUUCCUGUGGGCCUUGUCCUCCUUGCAAAUACUGCCUGAGCCCCCAAUCACUCACGCCACAUGUAAGUCCUGUUGCCUGGCACUGCCGUGGUUAUCUGACACUGAAGCUUGCAUCAGAGAGAUUUCCUGUCCAUGAUAAUGUCACUGAAGUCAGAGAAGCUCUAAUUCAGAAAGUUUUAAGAGCAAAAAGGGACAAAAGCUACCUGCUUGGAUAGUCUGAUGUCCUUUCACUUGUGUUGCAGUCGCCUUCACUGCACGGGUUGGACAUGCUCCAGCAGAGAAGUGAACACUACAUAUCUAGAGUUCUUCUGGGGAGUCCCGGUAACCCCAGAUGUGAGCUGCCAUUCAGGCUAGGGAUCCAAAGACCAUUUGGCCCAGUGGUUAACGCAGUUUCACUUUGGCCCCAAGAUCCCAUUUCUGCAGGAGGCGAGCACAGUCACUUUGAUUCUCAUGAAGAGGAGGUGUGAGGUCCUUGGAUUCUAUCUCCUUGUACAGAACAAGAGUUUUACCUGCUUCCCUUCUUUCUUGGGCUGUUUCCAAGAAAGUGACUAAAAUGUAAAAAGCGCUUCAGUCUUCUCCAUUACCAGCCUGCCUUUGCAGUGUUAACUUGUCCCCCGGCCUGACCACCUAUGUGACAGGAACGAUAGCAGCUUUCUAAAAGUGGGUUUGCGUCACUGAAGAGAUGACUCACCGCCUGGAUUUGGGGCUAUAACUUCAGGACACAUCUGCUGGCCUCUGAGUGACCCUCCACCAUCCUUUCAGAAGCUGAGGCAGACAAAAGGGAAUGUUCUAUGGCCUGGGGUCUUGGUUCUGACCCUAGAAGAACAACUGCACUGGCUUGCUGUCAGCGGUAAGCUCCAAGCUUCAUUUUUAGAUCUCUGUUGCUUCUUGACCAGUAUUCAGCAAGGAUCCUCUUGAGUAUCUAAGAUAGAUGUUUGGUCAGUAGUACUUAAUACUGAAAAAUAACCUUUUGUUUUCAUUUACUUUCUACACGCCUCACCUCCCCCCUCCCCCCAUCCCUUAUAAACUUUGAUAAAAGCAGCACUUUAUCAACAUGAUAUAGGGGAAAUUUUCAUGAGUAAAGCAUUUUUAUCUCACACACGUCGUCUGCAGACACAUGGAUUCAGGAGAAACACAGCUGAGGGGAAGAAAUGGGAGCUGAAGUGUUUGGGCAUUAACCACGUUGUCCAGCAGUGAGCUGUGAAUGAGCGGUGGGCCUGCUGUCGGCGCCUCCCCUACUGCCUCCACUUCCAGGUGCUCAGUCGUAAGGCUCCUUCACUGUCAGGAUGGGGCUCACGUCUGCAGUCCCUCAUCACUACCAAUGCACUGUUUUUCAAGAGGACUGAGUAUUUUUGUAUGUCUUUGCCUUUGUCCAUUAAACACUAGAGUUGUUCCUUAUAUGAUAUCAUUCUUGACUUCUCUGAGUAGAGUGUUGGCAUUCCUUGGAGAAUUAUACAUUUCUCAUGGGCUAUUUUUCUCAUGGUAUUUUUAUGCUUUGCAAACCUUCUGCCAUCUCCUUUUACUGUCUCUAAAGGACAGAAACUACAAGAGGUGAGGAGGAUAUUUUCAGCAUCUGUUUCAAAAGAUGUAAGCCAGGAAUUCCCUUGCACACUGGAGCUCAGAGUACCUCUUUUCUCCACGCCAGGUUCUCGUGCCUUACACUCCAGAAUGUCACAUGGUGGGUGGAGAGAGGAAGGACGAAAAAGAAAGUAACUCCAUUUCAGUGUGAGGGUUCCAUCACCCCGCAUAGCCUCUCCUUCCCCAGGACAGAUGGGUGUGAGGUAGAAAGCUCCCGCAGCUCGUUUCAGUGAAGGGCUUUCUAGCAGCACAGUUCACACUUUACUCUCUGGUCAACUCUUGGGAUAUAUCACAGAGCCACUGUAAUUACCACUGUAAUUAUUGUAAAGUGCUGUAUAGCUCAUUAUUUGCAUUUGUAAAUGUGCAGUUCUGUUCGGCCCCUUUCUUUUUCUGUGUCGAGUUAGUAUGUGGUCCUGAAAAUGUUCAAGCACUUGAGUAAAUGGGAUCUUUUCUCAAGAGCCCUGGUGGCUUUAGGCACACAGGGUGACUGAGCGUUUCUGUCCUCUGUGAACACGGUAUUAAUAUUGUGCACUGUGUUUCUAUCAAGGCAGAUUUCAAUUAAGAUUUUCUGUUCAUGUUACUAGGUUUGUCAAUGAAUAAACAGACAUUUUAAUUACUCUU